GGCUUGGCAGCUGGUAGGCUAAAAAUGUCGGCAGCGGAGGAGCACGAGCCGAAGGAAAGUUUCUGGGAACGGCACGAGUUCAAGUUCUACAAGUACGGCCACAUUUACGCGGUCAUCUACGGCCAGGUGGUCAUCGACUAUGUACCCCAGCAGCCAAUGAGACGGGGUCUGAAGACCGUGCUGAUCGCCUACAGUCACUUGCUCAGCCUGAUACUGAUCGUGGUCCUGCCCGGGUACUUUGUCUACCACUUCCGGACCCUCACCGAGACGCACGACCGUCGCAUGCAGCUCAUGCUGUACGUGAGCUUCGCCAACACGGCCAUCAAGUAUGCGACGGUGAUCGUGACGUAUGUGGCCAACACCGUGCACUUCGAGGCCAUCAACUAUCGGUGCACGGUGCAGCGGCAGCGCCUGGAGACGGCCUUUGUGGGUGCCCCCAAGCAGCCGAAGCGGAGCUUCGAGUUCUUCAUGUACUUCAAGUUCUGCCUGAUCAACCUGAUGAUGCUCGUCCAGGUGGCAGGCAUAUUCGCGCUCUACGAGGCCGCGGACGGGCCCUCGGUCAGCCAGGUGCGCCUCCACUUUGCCAUCUACGCCUUUGUGCUGUGGAACUACACGGAGAACAUGGCCGAUUACUUUUACUUUGUGAAUGGCAGUGUUUUGAAGUACUACCGCCAACUGCACCUGCAACUGGUCUCGCUGCGGCGGCAGCUGGGGGGUCUGCGGCCGGGCGGCAUGCUGAUGGAGCACUGCUGUCGCCUGAGCGAUCGCCUGGGGGAGCUGCGGCAGCGAUUCGGCGAGAUACACGACCUCUAUUCGGAGAGCUUUCAGAUGCACCAGUUCCAGCUGCUGGGCCUGGUGCUGGCGACCCUGAUCAACAACCUGACCAACUUCUACGCCAUCUUCAAUAUGCUGGCCAAGCAGUCGCUCGAGGAGAUCAGCUUCCCGAUCGUGAUCGGGUCUGUGUAUGCCACGGGCUUCUAUAUCGACACCUACAUUGUGACCCUGCUCAACGAGCACAUUAAGCAGGAGCUGGAGGGAUUCGCCCUCACGAUGCGUACCUUUGCCGAGCCCCCAUCCACGGUGGAGCAGCGUCUGACCCAGGAGAUCGAAUACUUCUCUCUGGAUCUUCUCAAGUGCCGACCGCCCAUGCUCUGUGGCCUGCUGAACUUUGACCGUCGCCUGAUCUAUCUGAUCGCCGUCACCGCCUUCUGUUACUUCAUCACCCUGGUGCAGUUCGAUUUAUACCUCCGCAAAAGCUCCUAACAAGCCACAAACCGCACCCAGAGCACCCAUACAGCACUCCCUCCAAACGGAAUUCCACAGCAAGACGUUCCUUAAGGUAGUGUCUCAAAUUCCCUAACAGAUGCAUGCAAGCCCUUUAUUAAACUCCCCCAAGAGUCGGAGUCGGAGUAAAAAGCAGUAUCAUCUAGAAGAGGUCCCGUUUUUGAUCAGAUUAAAUCCAGUAAAGAUCUUGAUACAAUUUCACUA